AUGAAAGUGUCAAAACUACCAUUCGAAAUUCUUGAACAGAUUGCUUAUAAUCUAUCGUCAAAGGAAAGCCUGUCUUGUGCUCUAACGUGCAAGGGAUGGAGAUACCCGUUUCAAAAGGCUUUAUGGAAAAACAUACAAGUUUAUACCUAUCAGGGUGUGCAGAAAUUCAUCCAAAGUAUUAAAGCCUCCCAGGGUGUAUCUACAUCAUAUCACCUUGCAGUUGACAGUCUACACAUACGGCCUCUUUGUUAUAAGCCAGACAUAUCAGAUAUAGAUUUUUCUGUCUUAUUUAAAUACCUGCAAAACGUGAAGAGCCUGGACCUUGGAAACAUAAGUUAUGAUUAUAUUUACACCAAUAUAAAGAGAUCAGACAAAAUAUGGAAGUCUUUGGAAAGUUUGAAAAUACAAUACGGUGCAGUUAGUGAGACAGGACCGGUGAAAAAUUUCGUGGAAUUUAUAAAUACGUGUAGUAUGCUCCAGGAGCUAGAAAUACUACAGCAAGGACCGGGGUUUCUCAUUGAAUUUAGUGUGGAUGACUUUGACAACAUGCACCAAAACUUGCAAAACCUAUCGUCUAUCAAGGCUGGAAUAUAUCUCGCCUUUGACCUUUCGGCUAAGUUGAGCGCAAUCCCAAAUACGGCACCGGCUUUUACCGUGACAUCCCUAGAUAUAAAUUCGAAACAAUACAAAAGUCAAACUAGAAAUUGGAAUAAUUGGAAUCCUUUGUGGCUGUACUAUUUCGGGUACAAGUAUCCAAACUUGCGUUCCCUAAAGCUAGAAGCCACGGAUACAUGGGACAACGUAAGAUAUUUGGACCAGAGACAAUCAAUCAUAUCUCUUUUUCAAUCCAACCCAAAAGCAUUCCAACAUCUGGAAGUAUUCGAUUUCACGACCGACAGAUAUUUCGCGUCUUCUGACCUUGUGUUAUGGGAGCUACUUUGUGCAUUAAGGGUUCCUCUCAAGCAUUUGGCAUUAGACGCAAGACAAAGUGGCGUAUUCGACAUGUCAUACGCAAUGAAUGUUGACAAAAUUUUACAGUCCUUUUCUGAAACACUCGAGAGUCUUUCGCUUACAGGAUUUAUAUAUACCGAUAAUGAACAAAAUAUAAGCCUAGAAUUAUCCUAUCACUGUCCGUUUUUGACGAAUCUUUGCAUCAGUGGUAGCAUGGUAAUACUCAAUCUGGAUAAUUUACUGAACAAAUAUGAGUCCCUCAAGCAGCUGAAAUUCUGUGGUGGACAAUUAGUUACUACUUCAAAUACAACGACCGAGGAUUCGAAGCAACAGCAGAAGCAGCAUGGUCUGCAGAUUUUAACAUUAGGAGUAUGCUCUAUAGCCGCCGAAAUAUUUAAUUACCUCUCUUUCAGGUGUAGAGGUAUGAAGCAUAUGACUUUGAAUAUUUUGUGGGUCCAAGGAUUUAUGUGUGGAGAAAAUGGGUGUAUUUUACUCGAUAUGGCCCAUACUUUCUUAAAGACUCUGCACAUCGGCCAGGUUCGAUACGGCGCAUCAAACCGAGAAUAUUUUGCAGAACAUGACAUUGGUCUGACACUCUUGUCUCAAUUAAACAGCGCUUCAUUAUCAGAUAAAACGAAUGAACGAGAAGAGAAGAUUGAUCCAAAAUACCCUAUAGUAGCAAGGCAUAGUAUUGAUUGGCUCUAUACAUAUGGAACCUUUGGGAAUAUAGGGGAAUACGGACAAAAGACUAUAAAGCUUUCAAAGAAAGAAGCCGAUACAGCACUUGAAUACUAUCAAAAUUUUCAGUCGAACACAAUCAGCUCAACUUUAAAAGAAGGUAGCUCUUAUGAUGAGGACACCCCAGAGAUCGGCUGGAAAUACGAACUUUACAAAGGACACGCCGAAUUUAUAUUUGGAAAUGUUGAAUCUAUCCCUGUUGUAUGCACACCAAGCGAUGGCGUAUGGAGAUACCCGUUUCAAAAGGCUCUGUGGAGAAACAUACGGAUUUAUACCUACCGACGCUUACAAAAAAUUGUCGACAAUAUUAAAGCCUCCCAAAAUAUAUCUACAUCAUACCCCCUCUUGGUUCGCAGUUUACGCACAUAUCAUAUUAGCUAUAAGCCAGACAUACCAGAGAUGCAAUUUUCUGACUUAUUCAAAUGCCUGUCAAACCUGAAGUACCUGGAUCUAGGAGAUAAAAGCCAUAACGACAUUUACACCGAUAUAACAAGAUCAUACAAAAUAUGGAAGUCUCUGGAGAGCUUAAAAGUACAAUACAGUGCAAAUACAGAGAUACCGCCAGAGAAAAGCCUACUUGAAUUUAUAAAUGAGUGUAGCAUGCUCCAAAAAUUAGAAAUUCGCAAGCAAAGAAGUGGUUCUCGCAUGGAGUCUAGUGUGGAUGACUUUGACAACCUGCACCAAAACUUGCGAAACUUAUCAUCUCUCAAGGCUGGAAUAUAUCUCAGCCCAGAUUUUUCGGCUACACUAGACACAAUCCCAAAUACAGCCCCAGCGUUUGCUAACAAAAACGAAUUUGGAAGUUUAAACCGAAAUAACUGGAAUUCUUUGUGGUUGUACUAUUUUGGAUACAAGUAUCCAAACUUACGUUCCCUAAAGCUAGAUGCUACGGACAUAGAUAGUGACCUAAUAGAUUCAGGGCAGAGACAAAAAAUCAUAUCGCUUUUUCAAUUCAACCCAAACGCAUUCCAGCAUCUGAAAACAUUCAGCAUUACAACCAACAAAUAUUUCGAGUCUUCCGAUCUUAUUUUAUGGGAAUUGCUUUGUGCAUUCAGAGUUCCUCUUAAGCAUUUGACGCUAGAUGCAACUGAUGAUGGCAGAAUAGACGAUACACACACAAUGAAUGUUAACAGAAUUUUAAAAUUCUUUUCUGAAACACUCGAGAGUCUUUCGGUCACAGGGUUUUCAUACGGCGAGAACAGCCACGAUUCAACUAUAGAAUUCUUCUCUUACUGUCCGUUUUUGACGAAUCUUUGCAUCAGUGGCUGUGAUAUGCUUCUUAAUAUAGAUAACCUUUUGGACAAAUGCGUAUCCCUCAAACAGUUAGAGUUCUGUGGUGGUGAGAUGUUCGUGAAUUCAGAAAUGGUAGCCGAAGAUUCGAAUCAACAGCCGUCUCAACAGCAUGGAUUAGAGACAUUGACGUUAGACGACUGCUUUGUAAGCGCUGAAGUAUUUAACUACCUUUUUUGCAGCUGUAGAAGUCUAAAACAUAUGACUUUGAAUACUAUGAUGAUCGACGGAUCUAUUUGCGAGAAAACCGGAUGUUUGCUGCUCGACAUGUCACAUACUUUCUUAAAGACUCUGGAAAUCAGCCAGGUUCAAUACAAUUUAUUAAACCAAGUAGAGAAUGACGGUACUCCUUGUAGUCUGACACUCCUGUCCCAAUUGGACGACACCUCUUUAUCAAAUGGAAGGAAAGCAAGUGAAAAAACGGAAAAAGAUUCAAACUACCCAAUAGCAGCAUAUCACAAUAUUAUGUGGCUCUACACAUUUGAGGUCCGUCUGUAUACUGAUAAAUACGGCCUAAACACUACAAACCUUUCAAAAAGUGAAAUCGAUAUCGCACUUGAAUACUAUAAAGAUUUUCAGUCCAACAAAAUCAACUUGAAUUUAUAUAUUGACAUCUCGCAUGAUGGAGAAGAUCUACGUAUCGGCUGGAAGUACGAGCUUAACAAAGGAUACGGCAAAUGGAUAUUUGGCAAGAUUGAAUCUACCCCUGUUAUAUGUGAACAAAAAGAUCUGGAGUUUCAGGAAACAAGCUGUAUAAUACCCUUGUUUUAA